CCCCCUCAAUUCUCCCCGGUCUGUCAUGGCGGCGUCCUGGUUUCUGGGGCCUUUGCUGUCACUCCGGCUGUUUCUCCUGCUCUCGCCUCACCCAGCGGGCGCCGUUUACGAGGACCAAGUGGGCAAGUUUGACUGGAGACAGCAAUAUGUGGGAAAGCUUAAGUUUGCCUCCUUGGAAGCUUCGCAGGGCUCCAGGAAGCUCAUUGUGGCCACCGAGAAGAAUGUGAUGGCUGCUCUGAACUCUAGGACAGGAGAAAUCUUGUGGCGCCAUGUGGACAAAGGAACUCCUGAAGGAGCGAUAGAUGCAAUGCUGAUCCAUGGACAAGAUGCCAUCACUGUCUCCAACGGUGGCCGCCUCCUGCGCUCCUGGGAGACCAACAUCGGGGGCUUGAACUGGGAGAUAUCGAUGGAUGCUGGCAGUUUUCAGAUGGCUAGUUUGGUGGGACUUCAGGACAUGGUGAAACACGUGGCCGUCUUGAAGAAAAGUGUGCUCUCUCUUCACUACCUCUCCAACGGCCAUCAGAAGUGGUUAGAGCAUUUGCCAGAAAGUGAGGUUGUCCAGUAUCAGCUGGUGUACUCCCACGGGACGGGGUCGGUGCAUGUAGUUGGAGUCAGUCCUCAAAGCCACUUCAACAUCGUAACCUUCAGCGUUGAGGAUGGAGAGAUCACAAGACAGGUCAGGGUGGCAGCCCCCUGGUCAAGGACUCUGAGUGGAGCUUGUGGCAUGGUCGGAGAGGGAGUCCUCUUGUGCGCCGACUCCGCCACUCACUCACUCUAUGCCUUGUCCCUGGAUUCUGGGGAAGAGAUGAAGCAACUUCCAUUGCAGUCCCUUGGUCUGGAGUUUGCCAGCGGCUUCCGGCCUCGUUUGCUUUCCUCUCAGCCCAAUCCCGCCAGUGCUUCCCGUGCCCAGUUCUUCCUGCAGCUGUCUCCAAGCCACUUUGCGCUGCUCCAGUAUCGGAAUGGCGUGCUGAGCCUCCUCCGGGAUUUUCCACAGGCUGGCCUCGUGACCUUCGCAACCACCAAUGAGAAAACGGUAGCCGCGGUCCUCACCUGCAAGGCCGAAGUGGAAUCCUUAUCCUGCCACAACCAGUCCUACGUAAUUAACCUGUACCUGGCUGAAACUGGGCAGAGGCUGCUGGAUACUGUUAUCAGCUUCACCUUGGAGAAAACUUCUACGAGGCCAGAACAGCUUUACAUUCAGGUGUUUCUGAAGAAAGACGACUCUGUGGGCUACCGAGCCCUGGUGCAGACGGCGGAUCACAUGCUCUCCUUCCUUCAGCAACCAGGGAAAGUUUUGUGGAGCAGAGAAGAGUCUUUGGCUGAAGUGGUCAGCUUGCAGAUGGUGGAUCUGCCCCUGACAGGAGCACAGGCAGAGCUGGAGGGUGAAUUUGGGAAGAAAGCAGAUGGUCUGCUGGGCAUGUUCCUGAAGCGCCUGUCCUCUCAGCUCAUCCUCCUCCAGGCCUGGACUGCUCACCUUUGGAAGAUGUUUUACGAUGCCCGCAAGCCCCGCAGCCAGAUCAAGAACGAAGUCAACAUUGACAACUUGGCCCGGGAUGAGUUUAACCUGCAGAAGAUGAUUGUAGUGGUCACAGCUUCUGGAAAGCUCUUUGGAAUCGAAAGCAGCUCUGGGACCAUCCUGUGGAAGCAGUACCUCCAGGAUGUGCGGCCAGGCUCAUCCUUCAAGCUGAUGGUCCAGAGGACAACUGCCCACUUCCCCCACCCUCCUCAGUGCACCCUCCUGGUCAAGGACAAGGAGACCGGCAAGAGCUCCCUCUACGUCUUCAACCCCAUCUUUGGGAGGUGGAGCCAGGUGGCCCCUCCAGUGCUGAGCCGCCCCAUCCUCCAGUCCCUGCUGCUCCCCAUCAUGGACCAAGAUUAUGCCAAAGUUCUGCUUCUGAUCGACGACGAGUUCAAGGUCACAGUGUUCCCAGCGACAAGGAACGUCCUCCGGCAGCUUGAGGAAAUUGCUCCAACUGUCUCUUUUUACUUGGCGGACACCGAACAGGGCAAGUUGAUGGGACGGAGGCUGCAAAAGGACCUGACAACAGAGGAGAGCUGGGAGAUCAGCAUCCCCCCUGACGUGCAGCGGAUUGUGACCAUCAAGGGGAAGAGGGCCAACGAACACGUCCAUUCCCAGGGCCGGGUGAUGGGAGAUCGUAGUGUCCUUUACAAGUCAUUGAACCCGAACCUGCUGGCGGUGGUGACGGAGAGCACGGACACCCACCCGGAGCGCACAUUCAUCGGGAUCCACUUGAUUGACAGCGUCACUGGCCGGAUCAUCCACUCCUCGGUGCAGAAGAAGGCCAAGGGGCCAGUCCACAUUGUCCACUCGGAGAACUGGGUGGUGUACCAGUACUGGAACGCCAAGGCCCGCCGCAACGAAUUCACAGUGCUGGAGCUGUACGAGGGGACGGAGCAGUACAACGCUACAGCCUUCAGCUCCCUUGACCGCCCUCUCCUGCCCCAGGUCCUGCAGCAGUCCUACAUUUUCCCCUCCGCCAUCAGUGCCAUGGAGGUCACCAUCACCGAACGGGGGAUCACCAGCCGCCACUUGCUCAUUGGACUUCCUUCUGGGGCGAUCCUUUCACUCCCCAAGGCUCUGUUGGACCCGCGGCGGCCAGAAAUCCCUACAGAGCAAACUAGGGAAGAAAACUUGAUCCCGUAUUCCCCAGACGUGCAGAUCCAUGCCGAGAGGUUCAUCAACUACAACCAGACCAUCUCCCGAAUGAGAGGCAUUUACACGGCCCCGUCAGGCCUUGAGUCUACAUGUCUGGUUGUGGCGUACGGCCUGGACAUCUACCAGACCCGAGUCUACCCCUCCAAGCAGUUUGACGUCCUGAAGGAUGACUAUGACUAUGUCCUGAUCAGCAGCGUCCUUUUCGGGCUGGUCUUUGCCACCAUGAUCACCAAGAGGCUGGCUCAGGUGAAGCUUCUCAACCGGGCCUGGCGAUAACCAGAUUUGCAGAAGCAAGCCUGCUGAGGCUGGACAACAAAGACCCUGGUCCACAAGGAGAGGGGGAUCUCAGCCACAUUGUUGAUUAGAUAGCUGUUACCCUGAUGGAACAAAAUCUGUGGGAUCCUUUUUUUGUUUGCAUCUUGUCUGCUGGAAUAGCUAAGCCCAGUUCCUCGUGGGAAAUGAGAAACAUCAGGAACAAGAAUAUUCUACGAAACAAAAGACUAUAAAGUUUUUCUCUUUUCCUUGGGAACUGGUCCAAAGUGGUCCGGGUGCUUUGUCUUGACUACCUUGUAAUGUAACACCUCUGAUCCCAUCUCUAAAGCACCUUUGCCAUAAAAGCCAAUCUCCGGGUCUUCAGCCUGCAUCAUCACAUACAUUUUACUUGGGAGUAGGAGAGGGAGUCCCCUGCCUUUCUUGCCCCAACAGUUUCUGAUCCACCCCUUACCCUCUUUGAAAACCCUUAACUCAAGAAAGCAGUUGAAAAAGACUUGAAUUGCAGUAGGGAGAACAGGGCAGAAGGGAGCCAGCCUUCCUCAACCUGUUGCCUUCCAAAUGCCUUCCAACUCCAGGUUCCAUCAGCCAGCAUGGCCCAGUGGUCAGGGAUAAUGGGAGCUGUAGUUUGAAUAACAUGUGAGGGAGGGGUGGUGAGAUCAAGUUAGGUUAGGGUGGCAUAGGGGAAUUUUGGAAGUAUGCUAAUUAAAAUGGAGUUGGAUACAGAUCAGAUCAGCUUGAUAUUUAAUAGCUCAGGGAAGGGGCAUUGGAGAAGAUGUGACUAUAAUGGUCUAAUAUUCUGGUUGUUGCACUGAUAUUUCCCCCCAUUUGAUCUUGUGUUCCUGCUGCAAAAACACGUAAUUGUUUGACUGUU